GACAGUAUGAAUGACUCUGGAUACACUAGCCCACCAAGACUUUCAGGUGUGGCUUUAGAAGAAACAACACAUUUCUUCAUGAAAACAAGAAAAUCAAACCUUAUGGCUGAUACAUUUGUUGCAAGAAAUAGCGAAAUCCUUGGUCGUGUGGUAUCGCGUAAGGUUGAGAUGAAAUUGGAUAAUACCCUCUUUUGGGCAAAACUCCGUGAUCACGAUGGGAAAAAAUUCUGGGUGCCAUUCUCUCUGCCAUGUAGUUUUAUUCAAAUGAAAACAGAAGUAAAAUGGGAAGAAAUAAGUGGAAAAGUCUAUGAUUAUGUAAUAAAUCUAGAUGAUACCAAACCGUACUCGAAACCGCAAAGUGAACUUACUAAGCCUUCGGACUAUAAACUAUUUUUUAUAUCACUUAACCGGAAAUACAAGACGGCGAUAACCCAUGUUGAUCACAAAAAACUGGGUUGUGACGUCGACGUUUGUGUAAUUGCAAGUCCUGACCAAACCUUCAAGGAAGCGCUCGUGAAAGAUGGGCGUUUUAAAAAUAUAGACCGUUAUAUUUUGAAUCAACAGGUAGAAGGAGGGGUAGGACCCAUAGUUGACAUAAACGACAGGCCGGCUACCUUGUCGGAAGAACGUGUUUUAGAAGUCAAAGUGAGAACUGUUGUACAGUCAACAGGUGACAAGUGUUCCAACUAUCCUAUGGCUUCGACCUCCGAGAGCACAAGUGAUGUCAACAUAGCAAAGCAAUCUGUCUCCAAGACUCUGAGGAAGAAACCGAAUUUUAAUAAACUAACUGGUAAACUGUGGGCGGAAAAUGUAGUGUACGUGUUUUCCAAGGACGUUGGUGAUUUAACAAAAGAAGAAAUGUUGUUGGAAAUGGUAGAAUGCCUACGAGCUCGUGCUUGGUGCACAUUAGUUGGCCCAAAAGGCAGACUAGGGAACAAAUACGAGAAAUCUCUCCAGGAGCUUGCAAAGAUUCAGUUUGCAAACCACAACGUUAUUGCUCGACCAGUAUGGUUUACCAAAACUUUAUCUAAAUUCUACGACUCAAUAGGCUACCUAAAAUGUGGUAGUGUUACAGCAACGUGCUUCUUAGUGGAGAAAAAUAUAAUCGCUACAAAUUGGCAUGUUGUCAAAGACAUCGAAAUAGCCCAAAGAUCAUCUACGCGGUAUGAAGUGUAUGUUCACUUCGAUUACGAAAAGAAUAAGCAACGGCUAUCAAACGGGCAUAAGUUGAGGCCUCUUUCUGACAAACAGAAUGUAAUCUGUAAACAGUUCGAUUACGCUUUUCUCUUUCUUGAGGAUGUCGUUGAGAAGAAAUUAACGCUGGGCAAAUUUGUUCGAUGUAAGGUGCCUGAACAGGGAAAGGUGUGUAUCGUAGGGCAUCCUUGUGGCGAUGAAAAACAGGAAGAAAUGUGUCCCAUCCUGCCACUUCACGAAGACAGACGGUCUUUGGAAUUGGAAAGGCGUCUCGCAAAAAACGAGGAGCUGUAUGAAAACAACCCGACGUUCUGCAUGUAUCGUUCAAAAAUUCAAAAGCUUUAUGGUGACAGGACAGCCCUGACCUAUGACGUAGGUGCGAUGUUCGAAGGGUCAAGUGGUGCUCCUGUAUUCGACAUGAGCUGUAAUAUUGUUGCGCUCCACACCCUAGGUUUCCGCUUGGGAGAAACCAGCAUCGUUGAGGUGGGCGUAACAUUCAAAGCCAUCAUUGACAAUUUGAAAGCAAGCGGGCGUUUAGACUUUGUAACAUUGUGUUUUCGGCAUUGCCACGAUGAAAAGGAGGAUGACGAGGAGGAGUCUAAGGAUGAGGAGUUGAAGGGUGAGGAGGAGAAGAAGUCUGAGGAUGAGGAGGAAUUUGAGGGGAAGGACGAGGAGGAGUCUGAAAAGGAGUUUGAGGGGGAGUAUGACGAUGAGCAGGUGGAGGACGAGGAGGAGUCUAAGGAUGAGGAGUUGAAGGGUGAGGAGGAAAAGAAGUCUGAGGAUGAGGAGGAAUUUGAGGAGAAGGACGAGGAGUCUGAGGAUGAGGAGUUGGAGGAAUAUGAGGAUGAGGAGUUGGAGGACGAGGAGGAGUCUGAGGAGGAGCUGGUGGUGGUAGAUAUGGAUAUUGAUAUGUUAAUUGGAAAUAACAACUGA